AUUAAAAUGGCGGGUUUGGAUGGUGGACCCACGUGCUUGUGUUUGUAGGCAUGUUUAUGCUUAUGCUUGCAGGGUUUUUUGACUGCUCACUUCACGAUUUGUGAUUGAUUGAAUGUGGCUGAAGGCUCUAACCGCUGUUUUUCCAUCUGAGCAUGCUGUUGUAAAAAAGCGCUCUGUGGCUGAACUAGCUGGAAAAUUCAGUUGUCCAAUAGCCCACGUGACAGACGCUGAAGUGAAUAAGCCUGUGAGGAGGAGACCCCCACGCUCACUGCCGCUGCCCACGAAUAAUGAUGCAGCUCAAGCCCACGAAGAGAAAGGAGCUGAAACAGUGUCGACCAGGAAGAACCGAAACUCUGCCCUCAUUGAGAAGCUGCAGGCCAAUCUUACUCUUUCUCCAACGGGACCACCAGUCUUCCCGAAGAGCCCUGGGAUAAAGUUAGUUGUGCCGUGCUUCUCCCCAGGGUCUCCCAGCAGCCCCUCCAGUCCUCCAGUGACUGGAACACCCAAAGAAGAGGAAACAGCGGCCAGCUUCGAGAGUCCCGUCGACGGCUCUGUCCUAAAGAGCAUCAACAAGGGCAGAGCUCGACUCUCCAUCAAGCGGCGUCCACCAUCUCGCAGACACAGAAAGUCCAGCGCAGAUGAAGCCGGAGACGAGAUGGAAAAAACAGCCUCAUCUGCCCUGGAAAACACCACUCCAAACGGACAUGAAGGAGACGUGUUUGAGGAGCAGACGCCUGAUGCAGAAACUCUAAAGUCCACUAAAGAACAGACUGAGGAGGAAACUAAACCUGAGCCAGAGAAAGCAGAGCCGGAGGACACAGAGGAGCCGAAAGCAUUGGUGGAGGACACAGAGGAGCCUGUGACUGCAGAAGAGAAAGAAGAGAAGACUGAACCUGAAGAAGAAGAGAAAAGUAAAGCUGAAGCACAGUCCAUCGACAGUACAGAAGAAACACGUGAAGAGCCGAUAACACAACCAAAGACAGACCCUGAAUCUGAGCCUGACUCAACGCAGGAGAAAGAAGAGAAACACAAAGAGGAAGAAGACGGAAACCAUUAGGGGGAAGAGUUUGAAAUGUCUAAGGAUAACGAAAGGUCAAAUUAUCUUCCUUGCGCUGAAGAACUCCUCUAAACUCAACCAAAGCAAAGACAUCAGGAGAAGAUGAUGAAGAAUGUGAAUUACAGACUUCAAGUGUUCAUCAGACAUUUGUUUAAGUUGAAUGUGCAAGUGAAACCUGCAGGUGCAUAUGAUAGUACUCUCCCUUCUGUACAGCUCUAUGAAGAUUCUGGUAAGAUCUCUGCUCUGAGCCGCUUGGGUGUAUUUACACAUUCGUUUGGUUGGAGAUAUACUUUUGUAUAUAGCUAUUAGUCUCCAUUAAAGAACAUAUUUUUUA